AUGGGGAGGGUAGCUCGUCAAAAGAAAUUAAAAACAAUAGAUCCGUUUUGUCCACAAAAACGAAAGGAUACCGUUCAGAAGAUACAAGAGGAACGCCACAAGGGCCGUGUUAAACAGCAUGAUUUGCCCUACAAAGAGGAGGAUGAGUACAAAAUUCCGCUGAUGUGGCGAUUGACUCAACUUGCAAUGCAAAACGAUGGAAAAUCAAAAGCUCAAAUCAAAAGAGAAAAUGAGAAGCACGAAAAAGAAUACCAAGAACGAAGGAAAAAAGAGAGGGAAGAAUUCAAUGGAAAAAAGUCGAAAAAAGAUAAAGCCCUGGCGCUCAUCGAAGAUAUCGGUUCUUCAAAGAAACAACAAAAUUUCAAAAAACUUAAAAUUGACGCACAAAUCAGAAAAGAAGACGCUGAACUUAAGUCUUUGUUGAAAGAAAAAGAACGACUUGAAAAAAUGCUCCAGAAAUGA